AACCAGCAGCAUCAGCAUAAACACUCAAGCUCCUAUUUACCAUUUUCCAUCUUCCAUCAAAAGAACGAUGUGCGUAUUAACAUGACCGCAUCCUUUAUCCACUUCAACUCUCCUCUCCUUCCGUCGCUCCGUCGCUACGCACUCCCAUCACACAUCUCUUAGGGCAAAGUGAGUGUUGGUGAAUAUGAGCAUUGUUCCUAAAGAGACAAUCGAAGUUAUUGCACAGAGUAUUGGGAUUACCAAUUUAUCUCCUGAUGUUGCUCUUUCUCUUGCUCCCGAUGUUGAAUACCGUAUGCGCCAGAUCAUGCAGGAAGCAAUCAAAUGCAUGCUGCACUCUAGGAGAACCACUUUGACGGCAGAUGAUGUUGAUACUGCACUCAACUUGAAGAAUGUUGAACCAAUAUACGGAUUUGCAUCUGGUGGUCCUUUACGGUUCAAACGAGCUGUCGGACACAGAGAUUUAUUUUAUAUUGAUGACAAGGAUGUAGAUUUAAAAGAUGUCAUUGAAGCUUCUUUACCAAAAGCACCUCUUGAUACUGCACUUACGUGUCACUGGCUUGCCAUUGAAGGAGUGCAACCUGCUAUUCCAGAAAAUGCUCCUGUAGAUGUAAUUUCAGCACCUUCCGAUGUCAAAAAACAUGAACAAAAGGAUGACAACCUUCCAGUUGACAUUAAAUUACCUGUUAAGCAUGUCUUAUCUAGAGAGCUUCAGCUCUAUUUUGAUAAAGUGACUGAGCUAGCUUUAAACGAGCCUAAUUCUGCUCUCUUUAAAGAAGCAUUAGUAAGUUUGGCUACUGAUUCAGGACUUCAUCCAUUGGUUCCCUAUUUUACAUGCUUUGUAGCUGAUGAGGUUUCUCAUGGUUUAAGUAAUUUUCCACGUCUAUUUGCCUUGAUGCGGGUUGUUAAUAGCCUUUUGCAAAACCCUCAUAUCCAUAUUGAACCUUAUUUACACCAGUUGAUGCCAUCAAUUGUGACCUGCCUUGUUUCUAGAAGGUUGGGAAGUAGAUUGACAGACAACCAUUGGGAACUUAGAGACUUCACUGCUAACCUGGUUGCAUCGAUAUGCAAAAGGUUUGGACAUGUUUAUAGUAGUUUACAGUCCAGGUUAACAAAAACGUUGCUGAAUGCAUUCUUGGAUCCGAAGAAGGCAAUAACACAACAUUAUGGUGCUAUUCAGGGGUUAGGAGCACUGGGACCUAAUGUGGUUCGCCUUCUUUUGCUGCCAAAUCUUGAAACAUAUAUACGACUUCUUGAACCAGAGAUGCUUCUUGAGACACAGAAAAAUGAAAUGAAAAGGCAUGAAGCUUGGCGUGUUUAUGGAGCCUUGCUGCGUGCUGCUGGUCAAUGUAUAUAUGUUCCCCUAAAGAUGUUCCCAGCUUUUCCUUCUCCUGCCCCUCAUACUGUCUGGAAAACCAAUGCAAGUGUUCUUACUUCUCCACCUAUUAAACGCAAGGCAAGCCCUAUGGAAUUGGAACAACAGCCCCCUUUGAAGAAAACAGCUACUGAUGGAGAGGCUAGUGUGGUUCUGGAAAAUUCUUCACCAUCUCAUAAGCCAGAGGAGACAGGAACUCAACCUUCCUCGGCUGAUUCAAAAAUUGGUUCAUCGUCAUCUUCUGGACAGAUGAAAAAUCAGAUCACUACAGAUGAAGUUAAAAGUAGCAUAGGCGAUACUAAGGGCUUAAACAUCUCUGCAGCCCUAGCCCAGGUUUGGAAGGAAGAGCUGAAUUCAGGACGAAUACUAACGUCACUGGUUGAGCUGUUUGGUGAAAACAUCCUUUCAUUCAUUCAGACUCGUGAGAUGUAUACGUUCUUGUAACUUAGGGCAAACUAUAACAAGUUUGUAUAAGGAUAAACAAUGGAAAACCUGUAGGUAAUGUUUGAUUUCGAGAACAAGCUAAUAUCACUUGGUAUAAAAUGUAUAAUUUACUUUCUGUUAAAUGGAAUUUUCUUUCGUUAGACACUUUA